GCGGCCCUCUCAGAACACAGUCUUCUCAAGAUAUCAUAUGAUGUUUCUGACUCCUUGUCAUGAGCCCCGGGUCCUUCGGCAGUGUGGUCUAGAUAGACUCUUCCUCAUCCCCCCUCUCUGUCCAGCCUCCCACGAGCUCUGCAACACCCCUCGAGCCUUGACGCGCUGACCACGAGUUUGACGAGCGGCGUUUCCCGCAAACGAUACACCCAAGACUAGGGCAGGAGACGAAGAGUCAAGGUAGAGAAGAUGAGGAUCGAGAAUGUAAUCCUUCCAGGAAGAGAUCCGAGUUCUCGCUGGGAUGUGGACUUUGAAAUGAAUACCAUCAGAAGAAUCCAACCAGCACCACCUGCAACAGGAGAUUCAUCUUCAGAUCCCUCGCCGUUGCUUCUCCCACCCCUCUGCCAUCCACAUAUUCAUCUGGACAAGGCCUAUCUAUUGACAUGCAACACUCAGCACCAUCCGUCACAGCCUCCAUCAUCAGAGGAGGGGUCACAACAUCCAAACUAUGCCGAUCUCACCCCUCAGGACGGUUCUUUCAGCGAGGCCCUCACAUUCACCUCCUUGGCUAAACAACGCUACACGUCCGAAGAUCUCUACCUGCGCGGGGCCCAGCUUCUGGCCACGUCUCUCGCGCAAGGUGUGACCUCGUGCCGUGCCUUUGUCGAACUUGACCAUGUUACCAGCCAGGCAUGCAUUGAAGCAGGGCUGCGACUCAAGGACUGCUUCCAAGGGAAAAUGAAGUUGCAACUUUGUGCCUUUGCCCAGGAUCCGAUCUUUAGCACCGACAACGCUGGGAAGAAUCGCCAGCUCCUGCUUCGUGCGCUGGAGGGUUGUGCAGGCCAUGUCGAAGUCCUUGGUACGACUCCCUAUGUGGAAAAGUCAACCGAGGCGAGCCUACAGAACAUUGAGUGGGCGAUUGAGACAGCCAUCAGCCGUCGCCUACAUUUGGAUUUCCACCUCGACUAUAAUCUCGACGAGACGCAAAAGCCCAUGGUCUGGGAAGUUCUUCGGCUCUUGAAAGAAUUGAAUUGGAACACCCGGGCACAAGCUGGAAAAACAAUCGUUCUAGGCCACUGCACGCGUCUGACGCUCUUCAACGGCGCCGAGAUGGGAGAGUUGGCGAGGGAGAUCCAAGACUCCAAGCUUCCAAUCCAUUUCGUGGGCCUUCCGACAAGCGACCUGUUUAUGAUGGGCCGCCCCGUGACGCGUUCUCAACAGUCGAAGUCUGCGGACCGCCCUCGCGGGACACUUCAGGUCCUCGACAUGAUCAAAGAGUUUGGCAUCAACAGCUGUCUCUCUGUGAACAACGUGGGCAACGCGUUCACUCCUUGGGGAACAGGAGAUCCUCUAGCUCUCGCCUCUCUUGGUGUUGGCAUUUACCAGGCCGGUACCGAGGAAGAUGCAAACCUCUUAUUCGAGUGCGUGAGUUCGAGGGCCAGAAAAGCAAUAGGCCUUGACACUGCGAGCGCACUCGACAACGCUCUGGAUGAUCCUGGCCAGGACCGGACGGAUGAUUUUGACACGACUGAGCUCAAAGAUGGCCGCAGAGGCGAACUUCUGCUGAUCAAGAACAAAGAGUAUGUCUCCUGUCCGGGCCACCUGGGAGUCAAGAUUCCCGCGCGCCAGCAAAUCAGUGUGAGAGAUGUUGUGUGGGAUCCGCCGCAAGUCAAUCUUCGUCAGGUUCUGAGAUGCCGAUAACGCGACCCGACAUGGUGAUGAGGACAAGAAGUGGUAGGACCGGGAGCUUUUCUCGAAGGACAUUCUCCAAUGACCCUCAACUUCCUCGACUCUCCUGGCCGUCGCAUACUACCACCACAACAUUGAAUUUGGAGAUCGAGAUGAAGCCCCGUCUUCGUACCUAAUUCCGCCACCACAUCGAUCCAGGACGCCGGGCAGCUGUGCAAUGACCAGCCACCGAAUUAUUCGCCCUCUUUCACCAUCCUUUGACGAGAACCCGCCAAUUCCUUGCUCUCCGGGUUGAUAAGGGACGUUACAGGCACGGUUCAGCCGGUGUAGGAUUCGCCGGUGGGCUUGUUGAUGAAAUUCAUGAGUGGAAAGGGAUGCCACCACUCUCGUCAUGCACUUUUAUUGCUCCCAGCGAGGUUCGAUCAGCCUUGGGAACAGCCACGAUCAAAUCUGGCGUACGGGACAACACAGACAGCGUACGUCGUUGUUGGGACCGAAGAAGACUAGUCUUCGAGAUGGCCUGGAGAGGCUUGUGAAGAAAUCAGCCGGCGAGCCGUAGCAUUCUGGAGUGCAGGUUGUCCUAAAGUGUCUGAAACAGACGGCCAGCUGCAACAAUAGUAGAAGAGACAAUCUACACAGGCCGACCUAUAUAGACCGACGAUGAAAUGGAGCUUGAGUUGGCCAACAAGUGCUCGUAGUCACAGGCUUGUCCCUCUGCUUUUCGCUUGACUACACGACACUCGAUGCUUCCCUCCUACAUUGCUUCAAGUUGACUUGCUAUCGGGAGCCGGACGGAGGUU